AUGGCAUUGCUGCCUACGACUGUGAAAGAACACCACUGCAAGAAUUAUAACUACACUGACAUAUCUGGGCACUGUAUGUCAGGUUGUUUGGAGGACUUGAAAGGUCAUGGGUGCAGUCAAAGAGGUGAGAGCAAGAACCCGUGCCAAGGAUCGCAAAUAUGUGUUGAGGAAAAUUUAGGUUUGAUUGAAAUAUCAUCGUGCUAUCCAGAAAAAGAAAUUCGUGUAGAGGUGGGCAACAUCGCAUACAAGAGGAGGGUGUUCAUGAAGCACGGAUUGUACACGGAGAAGGCCACUGAUGGCGACAUCUACAGCUUCUUUGCGACUCACAGCAUCCACCCCGAUCCCUGGAUCGUCAUAGAUCUCAGCAGAUAUUACAUGAUCACCUCAAUUGAAAUGUACCAUCCACCAGUUCAAUUAAACAGAGGAAUCGUUGGACUUAGAAUCGUAAUAUCUAAAGACUUUUCGCUAGAUUCGAGAUAUAGAUUCGACGAAAAAAACUUUGUGGCAAUCGAAGAAACUGUUACAUCGGAGCUGUCGGAUGUUGAUUUUUUCAGUACUAAAAACGUGUUGAACUUGAAGGGAAGGUUCGUCAUGUUACGGCAAAGUAGUGAAUUCAUUGGCAAAGAACCUAUCUCGGUCAGAGAGGUGUUUGUCCGAGGAACAGGUUAUAAAGGAUACAGUUACUAUAUAUGA